AUCUCUCUCUGCUGUUGUAUCCGACCACUCGUGUUCGCCUUGCUGUAAUCUAUGUGUAGAGCGAUUAGAGGACGUACUUGUGUAUGMAGCCGGGGGUACAACCGCAAUCAAAGCAAUUACUUGGGAWAUUGUUCACGCUCAGCGAGAUUGUCUCCACGAUUUCUCUACUAAGAAUAAAGCAAUAGAAACAGCUAGAAUGGAACGAACAGAGAUGCAAGAAUAUGACCGUCAACAAUCUUGUUCUCAUACUACGAAGUUAUCUCCGAAAAGUCCUUCCAAAGAUGAUAAGUAUAGCAUCAAUAUCGGUUGCGACAGCCAAGAAUCAUAUUCGAGCUCGUCCACGGCUGAUAAGUACAGUGUCAAUAUCAGUGGCGAGAUGAAGAAACACAAGAAACCCGUUCGAAAACGCCUUGGGAGUCGAAGAAUGUUGAAAGAUAUGAUUACACCUGAAGAGCAGAAAAUUUCUGAAAGAGAUGACGACAGACAACAGAUGUCACGACAACAAUUUCGCCCUCCACGCAGAUCGAAGCCAAAACGACGUUUGGUAUUUACAUCUCCUCGUCUUAUCUCGUCUGAUGAAGAUUUGUUUCCGUUUGAUCACUCAGUUUAUAGAGAAUCGAAUCAACGCUGGCAACAAAUAUCUGACCAGGCAGGAUGUCAUAGACAAGAUGGUACCGUCAUGAACAUCGGCAAAAGACCGUCGACUCCGACGGCAUACCGAAUUGGAAUGGUAGAGUGUGCAGCAAUUCGGGUCCGAUCGUUGAAUUUAUGGCUUGAUCAUGAAAAGGACACACUUUCUGACUGGCUGGAUAUGAUCAGCGAGGUGUUUGUAAACCUAGAACACUUAACGCUUACUGAAGAUAUAUUUCCUGGUGAAGAUGACAUGGCGGUCAGCGCGAGGAUGCGACGUCUCUACGUUUUGUCAAURCUACCAAAUUUAAAGUCAAUAGACGAUAUGGCCAUAACAUUGAAAGAAAGAAAGAUGACCAACCCCAAAGGCUACUGUGAAAACAAGCAAAGCAAACGUCACUUUGCGAAUUCGUCGAACAAUAAGUCAAUCAACAAAGGUGUUGACCACAAAAUGUCGAGAGUUGUGAUGGUACCGGCAUCAGUGGGAUCUGAUGAAAUUGAGGUCGAAAUGCUCGUUWCCGAACUUAAAGACAUGAAGUUCAURGAAACAGGAACAACUGAGUGUACAAGUCCUACCGUAAAUUCCGAGAGKACGAUAUCAGUAAUUGACUCCAAUGAUGAGCUUUCAGAAAACAAGGGCCGACACGUACGUCUGUUGGAUGUGAACAAUACAUAUACUGAAGAUUUAGACAAAUGCUCGAACAAUAGCAUCAUACAGAGAGUACGGACUGCACUAACARAACAUGAGGAUACUGUCAUGGUGCACAAACAAGCAGAAGAUGAUACUGGAGGUGGAUAUUUAGGAAGUGCGAAAAAAGAAUUUCUCAAGAACGAUUGCCACAUCAUUUCGACGAAUAUAGGCAAUCGAUCCACUAUUAAUGAUGACGAAAUAAGAGAGGGCAUCGCAAGAGGGAGAGUUCGUACGAUUCACGACGAUUCCAAUGAUACUAUCGAGCUAAUUUCAGUCCCUAGUAAUGAUGUAGAAUGGUCAGGAGUCUGUGGUGUUUUGACAUUUCGAAGAGAGAAGAGUUGUGCUCCUGAGAUUAGACCACCCUUCUCUUCGAGAGACGUGAAGAGAAGARAUUCGACUAAUCAGGCCUACCAAACAGCUGUGGCUAAUUUACGAAAGAAGGGAAGGGAAAAGAAAAAAUAUUGUCUAAAAUCAUGCACUCCAGUCCAACGGCAAUCCAUGGUUGUUGUUCCUACUCCACAAGUUGGAUGCUGUCAGAUAUUGAUUGGCGGAGCAGAAUCAACAAAUAAAUUCUCGUUUCCAGCGAGAAGAAGUCAACCUGUGACUCGCAAUAUGAAGCCAAUUGAACAAUCAUCAGAUUGUAUCAUUUCUGCAAACAAACAGCUUCCUCCGUCUAAAUCAUUAUCAUCGCCAUUCCCUAUGCAGUUUCGAGAGCGACAGAAACCAGCUAAUAGURUUGUCGUCGCACAACUUCAAGUGAAAACAUCCGAAUCCAUGGAUUCUGAUUCAGAAAGAACACAGUCAAUUUGUGGUUCAAGGGACAUAAUUGACACGGGAACCAUCGUCGGAACCCUUUCGGUAGUAUCUCCUACCGCUUCUUCUGCAAAUGGUCUAAAUCAAAAUAUCAAGCAGGGGAAUAAAGGGGAACUCCCACCUAAAUGUCCCUCUAGAGGGCUCAGAGGCCAGGGCCCCACUGAUCAUUCUUCGAAAAUGCGAAAACAGAAGAGACUGCAUCCCAGGAAACUGAAUGAAGCUUCCAAAGAAACUGCGCGUUCGAUGUCUGUCAUGGAUCUCGAUGACGAAGAAGAUUUUCUCGAAGAGAACGAAGAAAAUACKGAAGUUGAACCAAUGAAUGGUUCAAGCCGAAUUCUUGUUGAUGCAAUAGCCUGAUAAUCUAUCGCAAGAMAUACUCCUCUUUUUUCACAGACGAUGAAAGACGUCAUAGAUCUAGCUAAACAUCAUCUAUAAUAUUUUCUUCUUCGAUCAGAAACUAACACACGCAUAAACAAUAUUUAUCAAC